CAGCGCCGCCAUUUUGUCGCCUUCUGCUCAUGUCUCCUCCUUACGUCUGCGCCGCCGCGCUCGAGAAGAAGCUGUGGAAGCCCGCCGCUCUCUCCACGGUGUUCUGGACCUUCCCGUCGCUAUGCAAGUCCGUCUUCUUGAUGGGAGCAUACACGAGGUGGACGCUGUUGAUGUUGCGCUUUUGUCACAACGUACUGAGCUUACUGUACCAAGCAUAUACUCUAAGGACAUCUUCUGGUGGUUCGCUGCUUUUGUGAAGCGACAAGAUCUUAACUUGGACAAGAAGCUUAUUGAUCAGUGGAAUGAUCAAUUCAUGGAAGAAAUUAUGGAUACAGACACGCUUCAUGAUUUGAUUAUGUUGGCCUGGAGAACGGGCCAAAUGAAGCUGUUGGAUGUCUGCUGCAAGAGGGUCGCAGAUGUGUUGAAGGCCCGCCUCCCGGAAGAUGUUGUUGAGUUGUUGAAUCUACCAAAUGUUGGAGAUGAAGAUGAGGAUGAUGAUGAAGCUAACGGGUGAUCGACUUCAGCACAUUGUCGUCCAUCUCGCAUCAAACUGUAGUCGUGGAAUAAAAGCAUUGCUUAGCACUUAAACAUCUUGUCAGACGAGUAAUAAUGUUAUUUACCUUUUAUUUAAGCUUUUUGUCCAGCCAGUGCUUUUUAGGCUUGGGAGGGAUGCCGUAAAGGGCAUUCGGUCAUGAACUAGUAUGAGCACUAGGUAGGAAUAGGUUAGGUCUAACACUCGUCGUCUUUGUGGCGGCGUGGAUCGGGAUCUUAUACCGGAUUGUUAUCUUGAUUCAGUAAGCUAGCUACAUGUCCUGCCUA